GGAAGUUCGGCAUGAGUGUUCUCGCGCAGGCCGGCGGCCGGUGGCGGAGCGCUGCGGCGCGAGCCGUCAUUCCUUGCCUUUGGAGAGGGAAAUACUUCUGCUCCGGGAAAGAGCCGGUGGAAAACAACCCGGUGACUCCUAUGCUGCGGCAUCUUCUGUACAAAAUCAAGUCUACCGGCCCCAUCACUGUGGCCGAGUACAUGAAGGAGGUCUUGACCAACCCGGCCAAGGUAUGGGUGGGGGAGCCCGAGGAGCAGGCCCGCUGUGGCAGCUGUGCGAGGUGUCAGCCUGGAGGGGGAUAUUAUGUGUACCGUGACAUGCUAGGGGAACAAGGAGAUUUCAUUACUUCACCUGAAAUAAGUCAGAUCUUUGGAGAGUUGCUAGGGGUAUGGUUCAUUAGCGAAUGGAUGGCCUCGGGGAAAAGUGCAGCUUUCCAGCUGGUGGAGUUGGGCCCAGGUCGCGGCACCCUUACAGGAGAUAUUUUGAGGGUGUUUAGUCAGCUUGGAUCUGUGCUGAAAAACUGUGACAUGUCAAUACAUCUGGUAGAGGUGAGCCAAAAAUUAAGUGAGAUUCAAGCACUAACUCUGACCGAAGAGAAGUUCCCAUUAGAACGAAGUGCUGGAUCCCCAGUGUAUAUGAAAGGCAUUACUAAGUCCGGGAUUCCAGUUUCCUGGUACCGAGAUCUGCAGGAUGUUCCAAAAGGGUACAGCUUUUAUCUUGCACAUGAAUUUUUUGACGUUCUUCCUGUGCAUAAGUUUCAGAAAACCCCACAAGGAUGGAGAGAAGUAUUCAUUGAUAUUGAUCCGCAAGUUUCUGAUAAACUGAGGUUUGUUUUGGCGCCUUGUGCCACCCCAGCGGAAGUCUUUAUACAACAUGAUGAAACAAGGGAUCACGUGGAAGUCUGUCCUGAGGCUGGUGUUAUUAUUCAGGAACUUGCUCAACGCAUUGCACUUACUGGAGGUGCUGCGCUGAUUGCUGAUUAUGGUCAUGAUGGGACUAAGACAGAUACCUUCAGAGGGUUUUGUGGCCACAAGCUUCAUGAUGUCUUAAUUGCCCCAGGAACAGCCGACCUAACAGCUGAUGUGGACUUCAGUUAUUUGCGCAGAAUGGCACAGGGAAGAGUGGCUUCUCUGGGCCCAAUAAAACAACAAACAUUUUUAAAAAAUAUGGGCAUUGAUGUCCGGCUAAAGGUUCUUUUAGAUAAAUCAGCUGAGCCAUCAUUGAGGCAGCAGUUACUUCAGGGGUAUGAUAUGUUAAUGAAUCCUAAGAAGAUGGGAGAAAGAUUUAACUUUUUUGCCUUACUGCCUCAAGAGAGACUUCAUGGUAGAAGUCAUCAGAUGAAUGCGCGUCAGUCAGAACCUUCUCCAUCACCUGUGGCUGGAUUUAGUGAACUUGCUUGGCAGUGAUAUUUCAGUUUGGACUUUUUACCCCCAAGUCUGCCUAAGAAACCGAAAUAAAGGAAUGCAUUUCAU